AUUUCGAAUGAGAUUGUUUUUGCAACGAGAUGUUAAUAAGACAAAAUCUAGGUUGCAUAUACAACAUAUAAAAGAUCGUGAUCCAUGUCUUUAAAAUUCAAGUGUAAUACACACAGGAAAGUGCACAAAGUACUAAAUGUGUUAAAUGGGCUUGCCAACAAUAUGGAUGAUUUGAAGAUAAACACCGAUACUACUGGUGCUAAAGAAGAACUCCUAGAUAACAACAGUUUCAUCUCAGACAAAGAGAGUGGAGUUCAUAAACCAAAAGAUUGUCAAACAUCAUUUCAGAAAAAUAAUACGCUAACUCUGCCUGAAGAACUGUCAAAGGACAAAUCUGAAAAAGCCUUAAGUGGAGGCCAGUCUACUCUAUUUAUACAUGCUGGUGCUCCUCCUGUUUCUAGUGAAAACUUUAUCUUGCCUAAAGGAGCUGCUGUUAAUGGACCAGUUUUACACUCCUCCUUAGCUAAGACUUCCAAUAUGAAUAAAGGCAGUGUUUCAUUAACCACUGGACAACCUGUGGAUCAGCCAACAACAGAAUCUUGUUCAGCUUUGAAGGUGGCACCUGAUCUUCAACUAUCUACACCGCAGAAAGCAAGUCAACACCAAGUUUUAUUUUUGUUACCAGAUGUAGCACAUGCUAAAAAUCCAACCCAUUCCAUUAAAAAACUACCUACCUCUGCUUCCGUUGGUUGUGACAUUCAGAAUUCAGUAGGGAGUAGUAUAAAGUCAGAUAGCACUUUAAUAAAUCAAGUAGAGGUGGGUGAGGAUAGUGAUGAUUUAUUGGUAAAAGAUAACUGUGUUGAUACAUUGACAGGAAUUUCCUCAGGUACAGAUGAAUUUAGGUCAGAAAAUGAUACAAACUGGGAUCCCCAAAAAGAGUUCAUUCAAUUUCUUAUGACUAAUGAAGACACAGUGGAUAAAGCUCCAGUUCACUCUAAAGUAGGUCUAGAGAAAAAGAGAAAGCGAAAAAUGGAUGUAAGCAAGAUUACUCGUUAUACUGAGGAUUGCUUUAGUGAUUCUAAUUGUAUACCCAAUAAGUCAAAAAUGCUAGAGGUAGACUUUCUGGAACAGAAUGAAGAACUACAGGCAGUAGACUCACAGAAAUAUGCAUUAUCAAAAGUGAAGCCUGAAUCAACUGAUGAAGACUUGGAAUCUGUAGAUGCUUUUCAGCAUCUAAUUUAUAACCCAGAUAAGUGUGGAGAAGACAGUUCACCCGUUCAUACUAGCACUUUUCUUUCAAAUACCUUAAAAAAGAAAUGUGAAGAAAGUGAUUCCGAGUCACCUGCUACUUUCAGCACCGAAGAGCCGUCAUUCUACCCCUGUACAAAGUGCAAUGUGAAUUUUAGGGAGAAAAAGCACCUCCACAGGCAUAUGAUGUAUCAUUUAGAUGGGAAUAGCCACUUUCGCCAUCUUAAUGUCCCAAGGCCAUAUGCCUGUAGAGAAUGUGGACGGACAUUUCGAGAUCGUAACUCACUUCUAAAGCAUAUGAUUAUUCACCAAGAAAGAAGACAGAAGUUGAUGGAGGAAAUACGUGAAUUGAAAGAACUUCAGGAUGAAGGAAGAAGUGCACGACUACAGUGCCCUCAGUGUGUGUUUGGUACCAAUUGCCCUAAAACAUUUGUGCAACAUGCUAAAACCCAUGAAAAAGAUAAAAGGUACUACUGUUGUGAAGAGUGUAACUUCAUGGCAGUGACAGAAAAUGAAUUAGAAUGCCAUCGAGGUAUUGCCCAUGGAGCAGUGGUAAAAUGCCCUAUCGUCAGUUCUGAUGUAGCCCAGAGAAAAACGCAAAAAAAGACUUUCAUGAAAGAUUCUGUUUUAGGAUCAUCCAAAAAAUCAGCCACCUACAUAUGUAAGAUGUGUCCUUUUACUACUUCAGCCAGAAGUAUUUUAAAAAAACACAUGGAAUACUUGCAUUCAUCAUCAUGCAUUGAUUCAUUUGGUAGUCCUCUCGGACUUGAUAAAAGAAAAAGUGACAUUCUCGAAGAACCUAUAGAUAUUGAUAGCACUAAACCAUUAAUUAAACAGCAGUCAACCACAUUUCCAAAGAACUCUGCUUUAAAGCAAGAUGUAAAGCGAACAUUUGGAUCAUCCUCACAAUCAAGUAAUUUUUCCAAAUUCCAUAAGCGGCCACACAGAAUACAAAAAGCUCGGAAAAGCAUUGCCCAGUCAGGUGUAAAUGUGUGCAAUCAAAACAAUUCUCACAAGACUGUUAUGAUUAAAAGCAGCACUGACCAAAAACCUAAGUAUUUCCAUCAAGCAGCAAAAGAAAAAUCUAAUGCCAAGGCAAAUAGCAACUAUUUAUAUAGACACAAAUAUGAAAACUACAAGAUGAUCAAAAAAUCAGGUGAAUCAUAUCCUCUACAUUUCAAAAAAGAAGAAGCCAGUUCAUUAAAUUCUUUACAUCUGUUCUCGUCAUCAAGUAAUUCUCACAACAAUAGUUUCAUUUCAGACCCUCAAAACUCUGACACCAAAAGGCUGGAAAGCUUCAAAGAGCAUAGGCGUGUAGCUGUAAAGAGAGUAGUUAAGGAAUCUAAGAAGGAAAGUUCUGUUGGAGGAGAAGACUUGGAUAGCUAUCCAGAUUUCUUGCAUAAAAUGACUGUUGUUGUUUUGCAAAAACUUAAUUCCGCUGAAAAGAAAGAUAGCUAUGAAACAGAAGAUGAAAGUUCCUGGGAUAAUGUUGAGCUAGGUGACUACACUACACAGGCUAUAGAAGAUGAAACCUAUAAUGAUAUUAAUCAAGAACAUGUAAACUUAUUCCCGCUGUUUAAAAGCAAGGUGGAAGGUCAAGAGCCCGGAGAAAAUGCUACCCUUAGUUAUGAUCAAAAUGAUGGCUUUUAUUUUGAAUAUUAUGAAGAUGCUGGAACUAAUAACUUUUUGCAUGACAUACAUGAUCCUCAGCAUUUAGAAAAUGCAGAAACUUCAUUGUCAAAGCAUAGUUCUGUUUUUCACUGGACUGAUUUGUCUCUUGAGAAGAAAUCAUGCCCUUACUGCCCAGCAACAUUUGAAACAGGUGUUGGGUUGUCAAAUCAUGUCCGAGGACAUCUUCACAGAGCUGGAUUAAGCUAUGAAGCCCGUCAUGUUGUAUCACCAGAACAAAUAGCCACAAGUGACAAAAUGCAACAUUUCAAAAGAACUGGCACAGGGACACCUGUUAAGCGAGUUAGAAAAGCUAUAGAGAAAUCUGAAACCACUUCUGAACACACUUGUCAGCUUUGUGGUGGUUGGUUUGAUACUAAAAUUGGAUUAUCGAAUCAUGUUAGAGGCCAUCUGAAAAGACUUGGAAAGACCAAAUGGGAUGCUCACAAAUCUCCAAUCUGUGUUUUGAAUGAGAUGAUGCAAAAUGAAGAAAAAUACGAAAAAAUCUUGAAAGCAUUGAACAGUCGUCGUAUUAUUCCCAGACCAUUUGUAGCUCAAAAACUUGCAUCAAGUGAUGACUUUCUAUCUCAAAAUGUUAUACCUCUUGAAGCAUACCGUAAUGGCCUAAAGACUGAAGCUUUAUCAGUGUCUGCAUCAGAAGAAGAAGGGCUGAGUUUCUUAAAUGAAUAUGAUGAAACAAAACCAGAACUGCCCAGUGGAAAAAAGAAUCAGUCUCUUACACUGAUAGAACUGCUUAAAAAUAAAAGGAUGGGAGAAGAAAGGAAUUCUGCUAUUUCUCCUCAAAAAAUUCAUAAUCAAACUGCAAGAAAGAGAUUUGUUCAGAAGUGUGUUCUUCCAUUAAGUGAAGACAGUCCAUUGAUGUAUCAACCACAGAGGAUGGAUUUGACUAUGCACUCAGGUAUGCCUGUGAAGCUUAGAACAUGUGUGCAUUGCAAUACGACGUUUACAAGUGCUGUUAGCCUGUCCAACCACUUACGCGCUUAUGCACGAAAGAAGAGUGCUGGACUUUUGACUGGUACAGCCUUAGAUUGUAAGCAAAAGAAAUCAAGGUCAAGAUCUGGAAGCAAGAAGAAAAUGCUAACAUUACCUCAUGGUGCUGACGAGGUUUACAUUCUCCGAUGCAGGUUUUGUGGCCUAGUCUUUCGUGGACCAUUGUCUGUUCAGGAAGACUGGAUUAAGCACUUACAACGACACAUUGUAAACGCUAAUCUUCCACGGACUGGAGCUGGCAUGGUGGAAGUCACGUCACUACUUAAAAAGCCUGCUUCCAUUACAGAAACUUCAUUUUCUCUACUAAUGGCAGAAGCAGCUUCAUAGAACAAGGAAACCUUUUAAAUAGCAAAUUUAAAUUGGAUGUAAAUUUGAAAUUCUUUGUCUUUUUUUUUUAAAGCCACGUUAAAUUAUCCGUUUAUAAAUACUAAAGCAGGAAAAUGGGGAAAAGUGAAUUACAGUGACAUCAGAGCAAACUGAGUACUUCAAACAACUCCUCCGUCUGUCCUCCCUAAAAUCCUCAGCUUUGAAGCUGGUACUAUCAGACCGCUCACUCCUCGUGCUCGUUGCAGCCAUCUAACAGUUCCCCCGGAUGCCACAGCCUUGAAGAUUUUUAUCUCCUGGUCUGUGUCUGCAACACUACAUAUGUUCUAAAUCUUGAAGAUUUCAGUGUCCAUGAGAAAGUGACAUUAGAGAAAAUUGCCAAAGAAGGUGAGGGAGCUAGUUAUGUAAUUAUCUUGGGGAAGAGUGUAAUGGGCUGAGGGAACAAGUGCAAAUACUGAAGCAGAGCAUGCUUGGUGUGCUGAAGGAAGAGCAAGAUGGCCAUUAUGGCUGGAGAAAAGCCAGGGACAAAGGAGGAGAUAAAGUCAGAGAAAGAACAGAACUGGGUCAUAUAGGGCCUCUAUGCCAUUGUAAGGCAUACAAGAUGAUAAGAUUUUUCUGGGAAAUUUAUCCUUCACUCUAUUUCAGUUUUCAGACACUCAUGUCCUAAACCUUGUGUGUAUCCAUAAUUACAGCCCCAUCUUUUUUCUCAGUUCUGGUAUUCCUACUAUGCAUUACCAUUUCCGGUAUUCCAAUUUUACUCUCUUUUAUACCCUGAUUUCAGUAGUUCCUCAACCCCACCAGGGCCUACAAUCCAGUGACCUUAUAUCAUUUUUUAUUGACUCAGCCUCCUCAAGCCUCCUUGUUCUCCCUUGCUCCCUUAUGGAAAUUAUAUCCAUCAGUCCUUCGUCAAGAUCACACCAUUGUAAUCACUCAUCCCUUGUCCCUCUCUCACUUUGUGUACUCUCUUGACAAAAUCUCAACCCCAGCUAAACCAGCUCUCCACACUUAUGCUUUUUUUCUCCCAAUAUUAAAAAAAUUGUUUUUAGUAAAAACUUUUGGCCUACACUAUCCUCUCCAGCUACCACCCAUUGCUAUUUCUCCUUUUUAAAGCAAAACUCCUGUCAAAGCUAUAUAUAAUGAUCAUGAUAACAGUAAAUAACAUUUAUUAAGCACUUGCUGUGUGCUAGGCACUCUUCCAAAUAUUUUACAUAUAUUAAUCUUAUUUCGUUCUCAUAGCAAUCCAACGAAGUAAAAAAUACCAAUUUUUACAAUGAGAAAAAGGCAUGGAGAACUUAUUUUCCCAACUACUCACUGGCAAAUAGUGAAGCUGGAAUUAAAAUCCAGUCAGUCUGUCAUCAGAGCCUGUACUAGCCCAAAGCAAAAUGUUCUAAAUCUCAGGUCUCAGCACACUCCAAUUUCCAAGAGUGAGUAUACCCUACCCCAAGCCUCAUUCCUCAUAAGCGGUAGUGUAAUAGGUUGUUUGCAAAGCCAUGAUAUUGUUAGGUGGAGCUUUUCAUGUAACCAGAAGUUUAAAAGUGAUUUCUUCUGGGGCGCCCAGGUGGCUCAGUUGGUUAAGUGUCUGUCUUUGGCUCAGGUCGUGAUCCCAGGACCCUUGGGAUCGAGCCCCCACAUCGGGCUCUGCUCAGCAGGAAGUCUGCUUCUCCCUCUCCCUCUGUCUGCCGCUCUGCCUACCUGUGCUCUCUCUCUCUCUGUGUCAAACAAAUAAAAAUCUUGAAUAAAAAAAGGGAUUUCUUCUAAGUGAAGGACUCUUUCUCUCAUGUAACCUUUUGACUUUAGUCUUUUUGGUUUCCUUGUGCUUUGCAUUUCCCUCUUUCUUCUGCUGUGAGUUCAUUGGUAAGGGGCUCAAGGCUGCCUCUCUCUUUGGUAGAAGCUCAUGCUCAUAGUGUGCCAAACAGGAACCAGAUUGGGGUCCAGGGAAAAGGAGUCAUAAGAAAGACUUUUCUGAUCCUGAUCUCUAGUUAAGAAAAAGAAAAAUCCCUAAACUGAAUCAGAUUAGUAAUAAACACAGUUUCUUUGUCUGAACUGCCCCCUCUGCAGUUGCUACUUCGGAAUCUGUGGUGUCAAUAGAUGGCAAAUUAAAAAAAAAUAAAAAUAAAAAUCAGGGAAUCUUUGCACAAUUUUCAAAGAGGAGAAAAAAACCUAAUGACAUGAUUUUAAACUCAUCAAUUGGAGUUGUUUUCUUUUUAAACCCUAAUGUAACAUUCCUAGAGAACUUCUUACUCAGAAUUAAUCCAUUAUUAAUUUGUCACUUCUUUCUUAUAUCAUCUUUAAGAAGAGAGGAAUUCAGUUAAACAUUUAGUAUGUUUUUAAAGUAACUACUGAUUUAGAAAAUUUCAAAUAGUAAAUUCUCAAAAUCAGUUUUUAAGUUUUAAGAACAAGGAAACAUCAGCUUACUAACUGCCUAAAGUCAUUCUAGCUGACUAACCUCAUUCUCGUUGGCAGGGGUCAUGUGCCCUUUCCUAAAUAAUUGCUGGCGAAGAGAAGAGAUUUCUAUGAUUGGCUUUUCUGUCUUCCUGUUGAAAGAGGUUGUAGAGUCAACCACCAUCCCGAAGGGGAGUGAUGUUUCUUAUUUGAUUUUUCUUUGGUUGUUUUUUUUUUUGUUCCUUUUUGGAAGUUAUCCUCUUGUCAGAAAUAGUUUAAAUCUCUCAGUGUAAAGAACAGGCAAGCUUUUUCCAGCUAUGUUCUUGCCCCUCAUACCAACCCCCUUUACCAUUAUAGUGUAUAUAGUAUAUAGUUCUGCUUUCCUGUAGCCACAUGUUUUGAUUAUAUUCAGCUUGCAAAAAUGUUAGACCAUUCAGUGUGAAUAUAAUUUUAAUAUGUUCAAAGGAACUGAUAUUAAUAUGAAAUCACUAAGAAAGAACAAAAAAGAAUUGACCUAUAAACAACCAUGGCAAAAUGAAGUUCUGAACAUUUCCCACAUGAUUACUUUUCACUGUGGAAGUUUUAUUUCUCAGAAAAUAUAAAGCUGAAUGAUCUUGCCAAACCAGCCUAAACUUGAAGAACAAACUCCAUUAGCCCCUUAAGACUAAUAUCUGAACCAGUUACCUCUUCAGUUCUAAAAAAUGUAUAUAACUUGAUAGAGAUUUGGCUUAAGAGUCUUAAAUCCUAUAUGCUUUGGGUGAGUUGAUCCCUUUUACUAGAAUCUCUCUGCCUCAGGGGUUUAGUCUUAAUUACUUUUAGUAAAUAAACUAUCUUCAUAUAAAUGGUUUACAGAAAAGCAAUAUUAUCAAGGAUUGUGAAGAUAAGGAAUAUAAUUUAACAAUCUAAAAACCCAAGGUUUUACUGUGAUGUAUCCAGUUAUACCUGUGUUGGAUGUUGCUACUUCCUACUGCUGGAAAAGGCCUUUUAUGUGUGUUCAAUGUAAACACUAAUCCUGAUAGCAAGUCCUUCAGGUUAAUGCCAAUAGUGUGUAUGAAGAUAAAAUCAUAUUUAUAAUAUGUAAUACUCCAGAAGGAUUAUGUAUUGAGUAGGAGCUGUAGAGUACAUGAGAGGUUUGACAAGGCUGAGCAGGUCAGAGAGUCUAACUUCUGAAAGUAGAGAUCAUAGAGUUGAACUAGCACUACAGAGUAUUAGGAAGCAGAUUUCAGUUUAGAGCAGUUUCAGACUCAACCUAGUGGGGAUGCUUAAAGAGCCAACCAGGAGAAAAACAAAAACGAAAAUCUUUGCUUCUUUAUAUGGACCUAAGGGAGGUGUUCCAGGAAAAAAAUGUGUUAAAACUCCUACCGGAAGGAAGAAGACUUCUGAUCCUAUGUUUUCUCUGUCUUUGCCACUGGUUUUCACACAACUACUUUCUCUGGUACUAACUGUCAGAAAUACCCAAAUGACAAAUACAACUUCAGUUGACUUUUUUUUAUUGAAUAAAUACAACUUUUUUCCCCUGACUGUAAGAAAGAAGAAAAUUCUGCAGAUAGAAGACCUUUUCCCAUGGUUUUAGAAAAAAGAAAAUGGGUAGUAUUUCUCACUAUGGUCAGUUGAUGAUGGUGAAAUGAGGAGGAGGAGAAGGUGGACAAAGACGGGGACGAUGAUAAAAGCAUUUUGAAGAUUAGUGGCUAUUAGGGGAAGGAAGUUGGGAGUAGUGGAAAGAAUACUAAAGCAAAUAUUGUAACUUGAUUUUUAGGUCUGGGUUGUUCCCUACCUUAGUCAAACAUAAGACUGAAUUCAUAUUAGUUUUCUUAUCAGUGGGAAGUGGACUAUAUGAUCUCUUGUCCUGCCUCUAAAAUUCUGUAAUUACAACAGCAAGUGUCUGUGCUAAUGCUAAUAAAAUAGACUGAACAGUAUCAAGAAUAUGAAAAACAUUAUAUAGAAUAAGGUGUCCUUUUAUAAUUAAGUUACUGUUUAAUUGGAGUAGGUUUAUGUAACAAAAUUUUUUUUUCCAGAACCUCUCUACCUCAGAGAGGGUUGCACAGUUCAUUUUGGCGAAGAAAAGGCAGAACUGAUGGCACAUCAUAUUGCCACAUGGAGGCUAACAAUUAGACAUAAAGCCAGACAAAAUCACAAGGAGAGCCAUAAAUAAAAGAGAGUCUUAAUGUGAUUUAAAUACCGUGACUGAGUUGCAUUCAGUGUUAGCCUGGUCACCAAGUCCAAUGCGAUAUCAUCCUCUAUAGAGAUGUAUUCUAGCAAAAGACUUCUGCAUCCACCAUCUGGCCCCUAACUCAGGGAGCACGUCUCACUGAAUGACACAUAACCCAGUGGGAUGCACCAAAUUUGCUUAAACAUGAGCACAUCCUCUUCUCAUAACAAAGGCUGAAAAUAACUCUAAUUUUAUAUUCUGUAGACUGUUGUGGAAAUUACUAAAACAACAGUCUUCUGGGGAGGCCUAUAAACAUUCAGUGGUCUUGUUUUCAUUGUCACAGCCAUAAUUUCAAGAAAUAUUGUAAAUUUCAGCUUAAAUUGAGAAGCAAAUUAGAUGUGCUUUAAAUUUAAAAAUUCAUUCUUUAUGUGGUUAAAAAAACACAUAAAGAGGUAGAAAAGAACUAAACUGUUUGUGACUAGACAGUUUGACCUUCCAAACAGAAGAGUUGGAGCAGAGUUCCUAGAGUUUCUAUUCUCUGUCACAACCUUCAGGGAAGUGUGCCAGAUGAGAGCUAUACUCAAGAGAAAUUUCUCUUGAGGUUCUGUUUUUUUUUAGUUUAUACCUUAAACUGUGAUUUCAGAUGUGUUCCAGAGUAAAAGCAAUCAUAUCCAGUAUUUCCUGUCUCUAAGAUAGAGUCUGCUGGGCUGCUUUUACUCUGUAUUACUUUAGAAUUAUUUUACACUUGAGAAGGAAUAUUAUGAUUUGCCUAAAUGGAAAGUAUUUUUCCUUUUAGUACAUGUUUGGCAUUCCUUAGAAGGUUAAAUAUUUUAUUAGCUUUUGGGAAGGAAGGAUACUAUUUUAUAGCCUCUUCUCAAUUAUUUGAAAAGCACCCCAAAUCUACAGAUCCCAAGUUAAUCCUGAAGACUUUUUGAUGGUCUGGGGUACCCUGGCCGAUAAAUAUAAAUGCUAAAGAAGGGGCAGUUUGUGGAAAUAGGGAUAAAAUUUAAAAUAACCAUUUUUCUUCAAGUUAUAUAAAACUAUAAUGCUUUGUUGGAAAACCUUAUGCAAGAACUGAGCCACAAUAAAAGUAAAAGGAAACAGAAAUAUUCUUUAGACACAGCAAACUCAAGGAGGAAGGAAAAAUAAUCUCUUUAAAGAUGAGAAGAAAAGGUAUGGAAGUGUUGAAUCCCUAUAUUGUACACCUGAAACUAAUAUUACACUAUAGAAAUUAACUAGAAUUUAUUGUUUUUAAAGAUUUUAUUUAUUUGAGAGAGAGCAAGAGAGACAGGAAUAGGGGGAGGGGCAGAGGGAGAAGCAGGCUCCCCGCUGAGCAGGGAGCCCUAUGUGGGGGCUCGAUCCCAGGACCCUGGGAUCAUGACCCAAGCCAAAGGCAGACGCUUAACCAACUGAAUCACCCAGACACCCCAAUUAACUGGAAUUUAAAUAAAAACUUUUUUAAAAGUUUAAAAUGAUAUGAGAUGGAAGAAAUAUUCAUUAAGUGCUAAUGCUAAAUUUCAUGUAAACUGUUAAUUAGAAAGGAGAGUAAAGGGUGCCUGGGUGGUACAGUCAGUUAAGGGACCAACUCUUGGUUUCAGCUCAGGUCGUGAUCUCAGGGUCAUGGGUUCAAGCCCACGUCAAGCUCCAGGCUCAGCGUGUAGUCUGCUUAGGAUUCUCUCUCCCUGCCCCCCUAAAAUAAAUAAAUAUUUUUAAAAAAGAAAGAAAGUAAAAAUGGAGCAUGUCACUGACUAAUAAGGUAAGAAAUAAUAUGAAAUUCUGGGGAAAGCUAGUUAACCUGGACUUCUUUAGGGCUACAGGAUUGAUAACAUUUUCUCAAGUUUAAAGAAUUGGCCUGAAUUAUUAUGGAGCCAAAUGAUAGUGGAGUCACUAUCAUGAAGGGUAGUGAAGUGAAUGAAGACAAGAGAGCAUCAUAAUGCUGAGAUUGUCAGAUGCCCAGUAAGUGGACUUGCUAUCCUGUAAAACUGCUGAAAUUAGUAUAGGGGGAAGAAAUCUUUUUUUUUUUUUAAAGAUUUUAUUUAUUUAUUUGAGAGAGAGAAAGAGCACAAGAGGGGGGAGCGGGAGAGGGAGAAGCAGACUCCCUGCUGAGCAGGUAGCCCGAUGCGGGACUCGAUCCCGGGACUCCAGGAUCAUGACCUGAGCCGAAGGCAGUCGCUUAACCAACUGAGCCACCCAGGUGCCCUAGGGGGAAGAAAUCUUAAUUUAUAAAUUUAUUUAAAAAUAAAAGCUGGGGUGCCUGGGUGGCUCAAUCAGUUAAGCAUCUGCCUUCAGCUCAGGUCAUGAUCACAGAGUCCUGGGAUCAAGCCUCAUGUCGGGCUCCCUGCUCAGCUGGGAGUCUGCCUCUCCUUCUCCCUUUGCCCCUUCUCCUGCUCCUUCUCUCUCUCUUGCUCACCCCCCCUCUCUCUCAAAUAAAUAAAAUCUUAAAAAAAAUAAAAAUAAAACAGUAGGCUAGAUAAUAGCAGUUUUAAUGUUUUUUAAGAAUAGAGCCUAUUCAGCCAGUCUAAUACCAGUCCCUAAGCUUCUGUCUUGAAUGCAUGCUCCACGUGAAUAUUAAGGGCCAUUAUAUGGAAGAUGUGGACCAGCUGUUCUCUUUCUCCCCUGAGUUCCAAAAAAUAAGAAAUGGGCAUACUCUUUAGUGUGAAGGAUUUGGGCAAGAAUGAGAAAGAAUAUUGUGAAUUGAAGUGCAUUGCUGAGUGAAUUUUAUUCUAUGGAAGUCUUUUAAAAAGUCUUGCUAUCUCUCAAAACACUUUAGUCUCUCUGUGACAUACAUAGGUAGCCCUGCAAUAAGAGAUGUGAAUGAUUACACAAGAAUUAGAAAGUCUUUGGGGCACCUGGGUGGCUCAGUUGUUAAGCAUCUGCCUUCAGCUCAGGUCAUGAUCCCGGGGUCCUGGGAUCAAGCCCCGCAUCGGGCUCCCUGCUCCACGGGAAGCCGGCUUCUCCCUUUCCCACUCCCCCUGUUUGUGUUCCCUCUCUGGCUAUGUCUCUCUCUCUGUCAAAUAAAUAAAUAAUCUUUAAAAAAAAAAGGGAAUUAGAAAAUCUUUGAGUUGGGGAGUAAUUAGCCCAAACACCCAGUAACACAAGAGAGAAGCAUGGAAAUACAUAACCACAAAAAAGAGAGGGGGGGGUUGCCUGGGUGGCUCAGUUGAUUAAGCAACUGCCUUCAGCUCAGGUCAUGAUCCCUGGGUCCUGGGAUCAAAUCCCGCAUCAGGCUCUCUGCUCAGCAGGAAGUCUGCUUCUCCCUCUCCCUCUGCCUGCCGCUCCCCCUGCUUGUGAGCUCUCUCUCUCUCUCUCUCUCUGUCAAAUAAAAUCUUUAAAAAAAUUUUUUUUAAUUAAAAAAAUGAGAGAGACAUGUACAGAUCAACAUAAUGACAACAUUUAGCUAAUUAAACUCCCUGGAAAUGUUCUGCUUUUGGAAAGCAAAGAAGUCUUCGUUUUUAGCAUUGUCAUUUUACAUAGUUUUGAAUUGAGUCUGAUUCUCAUUGGCAUCUAUGAUCUAUGUAUACAGUUUCUGGAACAGCCGUUUCCUGGAGAAAAUUUUCAAACAGACAUUUGGCAUCAGUGGAAUAUUUUUUUAUCACACUGUCAGUGUUUUUCAUAGUAUAGUGUUUGACUUCCAGAAGAUUCAGGCUGUCUUAGAGGCUCUGAGAACCCUAGGGUAUUAGGUGAAUGCCACAUCUAUUACACUGAGGGCUUGGAUCCUGGGGAACUAGAAUUCUGAGAACUAGGAUGCUUGACCGAGAUUGAACUGUCUGUUUAUGCUGGUAUAGAUACAGGAAGAUACCGAUAGCAUUUUAGCAUGGAAUUUUUCAACUUCAUCCAAACAGCCUGUUAAAAGCCACAUUCUCUUGUAUCUGUAAAAUCAUAGAUUUCAGUGUAAGAAUAAUAUGUUCAAGAAGAUAGAGUUCUGUGCAGUGGCGUCCUGGUAAAUGUUUUAAUACCUGGUUUUCCAGGCAAGGAGUGUGUGUUGCUGAGGGUGGAGGAGUGGAAGUGGGGGUGAUAAGCAGGUGUCUGAUUUGUAGCAUUUGCCAAUUUCUGUGAUGUAGAUACCCCCACCACGGCCAGUUGCAAGCUACCAAAAUGAGAUCACUGAAGCAGAGUUGGGAAGAGGUGCACAGUUGCCUCUUGCACAUGAGGGGUCCUAUGUCAGGUAUACAAUAAAACACCAAAGUUCAGAAACCUCACUCUGUUAUUCAGUGACAGCCACCAUUGUCAUUAUGAAGUGGAACUUCUUACUCUCACCUUGUGGCAAAUGGUCUAAAAGCACGCCUAACAAACACAUGGCUUCUUUGAGAGCUGUGAUUUUUAAAUCCUACUGAAGACUUUAUUAUAUAACAGAAGGUUCCCCCAUGAUACUGGUCUUUGUAGUAGUAUCACCCAGCAAACUGGGUGAUAUUACUAUAAACAGCAAAUGAAAUGCUUAUAGGUCAACUGAACUGGUUCUUAGAAGCAGUAAGCACAACCUUCAGAAUGGGAAAAUCGUUUGGAGGCAUGUUUAUGGUAUUUUUGGUGGAUUUUAGUAUUUUUGGUGUUAAAAAGACGGUUAAUGCACUGAGAAAUAGUGUUUACCGUUCAGUUAAAGCCUGGCUGGAAACACAUUUCAUAGCAGUUCAGAAUUUCUCUAUUUGCUUAUUUUUCGAACCAGAACUAUGACAUUAACAUAUCAGUUUAUGGCCACUACCUCCUUUCUUCAUUCCCAGACCUGCACAUAUUUUUGUAACCCCAGGAUACAUUUUAUCUCAUAUCUUCAGUCUCUCUGUAAAAGACUCUUUGUAAAAUAAAAUGACACUAACUUCCCCAGUGCCAGAAUUCCCAAAUGCCUCGGGCUCCUGACCAUAAAACAAUUCUUGGGUAGGGACUGGAAAAUCUAGUUGCUUUAAUAUUUACUUAAGAAUGCCUGCUCUUUGUAUUUAAAAGACAAAAUCAUUUGGCAAAAACCCUCCUAAACCUUCAGAGAGAAAGUAAAUGGAUUCUCAGAACACAAUCAUUCCAAUCAUGGUAUGGUUAAUAUUCAUUCUAAACUGAUAAUGUUCAGGAAAACACUUAUAUUGCUAUUUACAGGGAACUUUCACAUGGAUGUCCUCCCCACUACACAACAGUGAGUAACAUUGGUAACAUGAAGUGUCACUGUCCAGUUUCAGAGCCCCUGCUAAUAAUUAAUAUGUAUUUAUUCAACAAGUAGGUGAUAGGUGCUUUCUAUGGUGAGCCAUUGUGGAGUCUGUCAAAAUGAAUUAAGACCAGUCCAUUAGUAUUUGACUUAAGCUGGGCAGGGUGUAGAAAUGCUGACACAUGUUUAGACUAUAUGAAAUUUUUAUUUUCUCUUAUCACUGGGAAAGAAUUUAAAUUCAAAUAGGUCAUCACCAUGGUCCUAAUAAAAUUUUUGUUGUUCGAUUGUUUUGUUGUUUCUUUUUUUGGCUAAUUGUUUAAUGUAAAUAAUAAUCACAGUUGAUGAAUACAUCAGUAAGUCAGUGAAUUUUAUAUACCACACAUCUAAGGUCAUUCUCAAGAUUUACUUCUUCACUGAAUUUUUUUCCUGACAGUAACAGUUAAUGAUAGUGUGAUCCCAAUCUUAAUUACUGUGAGUUAGCACAGCUAUUCUGCAUUGCUAUUGGCUAACGAAUCAGAUUCAUUGGCUGGUUCUUACAGGGCUGACAUAACAUGUCACUGACAGUGACAGAGUAGAAGAGGACAGGAAGAAGGAUGAAGAGGAAAGCAAACUUUAGUCAAUACACUAAGACAACACUAACACAACAUCACAAUUUGUGCCUAAGGAAGAAAUGAAAAAAACAUACAGAGGUCCUCCUGAUCAUGAGGGAGAUCUUAAUAAAUUAAAUAUUAAGUUGGGGUGGGCCGGGGGAAAGCAUCAGAAGGUAAUUAGAAAUACAGAAGUAAAUUGGGUUUUUCCACCAUGUACCAAUCCAUUUAUUUAAUUCUUAUUCACAAUAUAAUUAGGUGGAACCAUGUGAAAUUGCUGAUAUUCAGCCAUUUUUGACCUACAAAAAUGGUCGUGGGUGUAGUUCAACCUAAUAAAACUACAAAUUAUUGGAAACAAGGUAAAUUUGUAAAAUACAUAGAAAAGCACACUAAAUUAUCCCAUUGCUUCUAAUAGUAGGGAACUAGAAAAACAAUAAUCCAGAAGAAGUUUUUUUUUAAAUGCUGUAGUCAACUCCUUAACUUCAAAUACCUAUGGACUUUUAAUCCAAAAUACUCUCCAUAUACUUGGGGAAGAUUUGAGAAAACUACAUGUUUGCAGGGGUUUUUUGGGGAAGAAAGUAAGCUAGUUAAGCAGACGUUUUCUGUCAGCUCCAGAGGAAUGUAACACCAAGCAGUGUUUUUCAAUUUUUAAGAAUCUGGAGGAUGGCAACUUUAGAAAAGAUCAACAACAGUCACAUGCUGGUGAGUAUUAGCCAGUCUUUCUGCAGUGACCAUGCAAAAUUUCCUCAGCUUUGGAGUCUCCCAUCCAUAAUGUAACUUUGACCUGUGUUGCUGUUCACAGAUCCUCCACCACCCUAUAGCAGGAGAGUCAAUGGGGGUCUUCAAGCAAGCAUUUGGGCCUGGUUGUGUCAGCCUUGCCCUGACCCAUCCCCUGGGCACAAGUGGGAUGUGGACUCUGAAGAGAACCACUGGGCGUGUUAUUCCUGCCACUUCUCAUCCAUGGUUUCUGGGUCAUUUGAGAUCAGCUUUUUGUGUUUGCUAACAGAUCUUAAUAUAUAUGUAUAUAUGUUAAUAUAUACAUUUUUGUAUGUAUAUAAAAUACUUUAUAUAUAUAUGUAUAUAUAAUGGAAUAUCAUCUAACCUUAAAAAGGAGAUCCUGCCAUUUGCAGCAAGACGGAUGAACCUGGAGGACAUUAUGCCAAGCGAAAUAAGCCAGACACAGAAAGAAAAAUACUGCAUGAUCUUAUUACAUGCGGAGCCUAAAGAAGGUUGGAUACAUAGAAGUAGAAAGUGGAUUGGUGGUUACCAAGUGGGGAAAAUAGGGAGAUGUUGGUUAAAGGGUACAAAAUUGCAGUCCUAUAGGAUCAAUAAGUCUGGAAAGCUAAUGUACAAUGUGAUGGCUAUAGCUAGUAAUACUGUAUAGAAUACUGGAAAUUCGCUCAGAAAAUAGAUUUCAGGUGCUCUGACCAUGAAAAAAAAAAGGUAACUAUAUAGAGAGAUGGAUAUGUUAAUUCGCUUGACUCUUGUAAUCAUGUCACUAUGUAUAUGUAUGUCAAAACACCAAGUUGUACACCUUAAAUAUAUACAAUUUUUAUUAAAUGAUAAAACAGUAACAUUGUUUUUAGCCUUGAAACUACAAUUUGAGCAGGGCUCAGUAGGGGAAUACUCAGCCCUCUCCUACUUACUGUUAACUAGGGCUGCUCAAUGACAAAUCUGUUGAAAACUCAUUCACUCAUAUGUCUGGUGGUUAAUACUAGCUGUCAGCUUGGACUUCAGCUGGGCUGUUGUCUUGAACAUCAUCAUGUGGCCCCUCCAUAUGUUCUGGGCAUUCUUCCAAAAUGGUGAUUAUCACCAUUUAUCACUCAUUCCAAAAAUAAGUGUCUCAAGAAAAAGCUGGAUGGGAACAGCAUCACCUUUUCUUACUCUGCAGCUUAGCAGUAGCCUGAAAAUAACAGCCCACAUUCUAGGUACCUUCGGGAGCAGAGUGGACUCUAUUCACAAAGAAUUGUCAUUAUGGGAACUGUCUGGUGGCUUUGUGGAAAAACAGAAGUUUUACAUAUAUUACCUGACUCAAAACUCAUCCAGUGCUAGAGAUGCUAUACAGAUGGUAUUUGUUGAGAUAUUUACAAGGAGACAUUUUAGUUGCUGCUGCGAGGGGUUAUGUUGGGGCAAACAGUAUCUUGAUGGAAAAGACUGGGGAAUGCAGUGUCCAUAAGGGCUUAGAAAAGCUCUUGACAUGGAAAUCUAGAAGGCCACACAAAUGCACAGCGUUGUGUGCAUGCGCAAGAAGACCCAAGAAGCUCCCUAAGCUAUCACUUCUGGCUGACUUUGAGGCUCUGCACAAGCAGAAAGAAAGUGAACACAGAGUUGUAAACUGCCUGAUUGUGUGCUGUAAGUAUGCCUCAACACACAUUCAAAGCCCCUUGGCAAAAGCCAAUAUUCUAUGGGUUCCAGGCAUUUAAGGAAGUCUCUAUACAAUUAUUAGCUGACCACUAAGCCAGCCAAGCAGAAACUGCAGUGGCCACACAUAGGAAAUGAUACAGUUUUAUGGGAUUCGUUCAGAAAAGUCACUAAACAAGAGUCCCUAAGGGGGGAGAGAGAGAAACUAAUUUCCAGACUUGCCACAUUAUAAUAGUCAAUAUAUCCAGUUUUCUAAAAACAAUGAGGCAUACUAUGAAACAAAGUAUGACUCCUCAAAAAAAAUUUUUUUUUAACUAAUAGUGUCUAGAAAUAGCCCAGGUAUUGGACUUUGUAGACAAAAACCUCAAAUCAACUACUUUAAAUAUGUUCAAAGGAGGGGCGCCGGGUGACUCAGUUAAGUGUCUGCCUUCAGCUCAGGUCAUGAUCCCAGGGUCCUGGGGUCAAGUCCCGCAUCAGGCUUUCUGCUCAGUGGAGAGUCUGCUUCUUGUCUCCCUCUGCUGCUCUCUCUCUCUCUCUCUGUCAAAUAAAAUCUUUUUUAAAAAUAAUAAAUGUGUUCAAAGGAAAUCCCAUUUAGAUAACUCAAGAAAAUAUCAGAAUGAUGUCUCACAAAUAGAGACUAUUAAUACAUAGAAAUGAUAAGUAAACAAAUGGAAAUUUUGAAGUUGGAGAGUAUAAUAACUGAAAUUAAAAAUGCACUUGGAUGGCUCAACAGAUUUGAGCUAGAAGGAUGAAAAAUUCAAGAGAAAUCAGUAAUAGAAGGAAAAUUGGGAAAUUCACAAAUGCAGAAAUAAACACAUUUCUAAAUAACCAAUGGGUCAAACAAAAUUGUAAGGGAAAUAAAAUACUUUGAGAUAAACAAAUGAAAUCACAUUAUAAAAAAAUUUAAAGGAUGCAACAAAAGCAGUAAGUAGUAAGAGGUUAGUAUAUAGGGGCACCUAGCUGGCUCAGUCAGAACAUGUGACUCUUGAUCGCACGGUCAUGAAUUCAAGCCCCAUGUUGGGUGUAAAGUUUAUGUGUAUAUAUGGGGGGGGGGCAAACAUAAAGGUGUCCAUGCUUACAGCUUACAUUAUAAAAGAAGAAAGAUCUCAAGUCAAUAACCUAACCUAUCUUAAACUAGAAAGAGAGGCCCCUAGGUGGUUCCAUCAGUUAAACAUCUACCUUUCACUCAGGUCAUGAUCUUAGCGUCCUGGAAUCGAGCCCCACAUCAAGCUCCCUCCUCAGUGAGGAGUCUGCUUCUGCCUCUGCCACUCCCCCUGCUUGUCAAAUAAAUAAAAUUUUAAAAAUUAAAGAAACUAGAAAAAGGAAACUAAACCCAAAACAGGCAUAAGGAAGGAAAUAAUAGAUGAUAAAAAUACAAUAGAAAAAAUCAACAUAACUAAAAGAUCCUUGACAAAAGUCAGCAAACUUGACAAAACUCUACAUAGAUCAAGAAAAAAGGCUCAAAUUACUAAAAUCAGAAAUGAAAGGACAUUACUACUCACUUUACAGAAAAAAGAAUUAUGGGGGGGGAUACUAGCAAUUAUAUGCCAACCAAUUAGAUAACUAGAUGAAAUGGAUAAAUUCCUAGGAACACAAACAACCAAAACUGAUUCAAAAGAAAUAGAACUAUACAAGAAAAGAGAUUGAGUUAGUAAUUUUAAAAAAAACUUCCAAUACAGAAAAGCCCAGGACUAGAUAGCUUCACUGGUGAAUUCUUCCAAACAUUUAAAGAACAACUAACGUCAAUCCUCAAAACUCUUCCAAAAAAUAAAAUAGAGAACAUGUCAUAACUCAAUCUAAUAGCCCAGUGUUACCCUGAAACCAAGACCAAAGACAUCAAGGAAAGGAAAACUAUAGACUAAAUCUCUUAUGAAUAUAGAUGCAAAAAUCAACAAAAUACUUGCAAAACUAAUCCAGCAGCACAGAAAAGUAUUACCAACCAGAAUUUAUCCCAGGAAUGGAAAGUUGUUUCAAAAUUUGAAAAUCUAUGUAUUACACCCUAUUAAUAGAAUAAGGGGGGGGGGCAUCAUUUCAAUAGGUGCAGAAAAGAGCAUUUGGCAAAAUCCCAACAUCCUUCUAUAUAAUAUAAAUAUAUGUAAAUUGUGACAAUAAGAAUAUAUACUGGGGGGAGGAGAGGUAAAAGUUUUUAUAUGCAAGUGAAGUAAUAAGCUUAAAAUAGACUAUUUUAAAUGUAUUUCAUGUAAAUCCCAGGGUAACUAUGAAGAAGAUACCUAUAGAAGUUACACAAAAAAUCAAAGUCUAUCAAUUCAAAAAGAACACGAAGACAAUAGAAAAAAAAAGGAUAAAAGAACUACAAGACAGAAUGUUUAACAAAAUGGCAAAAGUCCUUCUCUAUCAAUAAUUAAAUGUAAAUGGAUUAAACUUCCAACCAAAAGACAGAGUGACUGGAUAGAAAACCUGGAUCAACUAUAUGUUGUUUACAAGAAACUCACUUUAGGACACACAUAAGCUUAAAGUGAAGGGAUGAAAAAAGAUUAACCCUUAGCUAGAGUAAGAAAAAAAGAAGACUCAAGUAAAAUCAGAAGUGAAAGGAGAAGACAUCACAGUGGAGGUCUCAGAAGUAAAAAAAGAUUAUUAUAAACAUACGUCAGUAAGUUGGAUAUCCUAGAAACAAUGGAUAAAUUCUUAGAAAUAUACAACCUAUCAAGCCUGGGUCAAGAAAAAAUAGCCUGAACGACAAAUAACAAAUAUGGAGAUUGAACCAGUAAUCAAAAACCUACCACAGAAGAAAACCCCAGGAGCUUUACAGGUGAAUUCUAACAAACAUUCAAAGAAUUAAUACCAAUUUUUUUUAAACUCUUAACAAAAAAUAGAAGAAAGAACCAUUCCAAACUCAUUUUAUGAAGCCAUCAUCACAGUGAUAUCAAAGCCAGACAAAAACACCACAAGAAAAGAAAAUUAUAGGUCAAUACCUCUAAUGAAUAUAGAUGCAAAAAUAACAAAAUCUAGCAAAUUGAAUUCAGUAGCACAUUAAAAGGAUCACACACCAUGAUCAAGGGGGAUUUAUCCCUGGGAUAUGAGGAUGGCUCAACUUAACAAACCAAUAAAUGUGAUACAGCACAUAAACAGAAUGAAAGGUAAAACCCAAAUCAUCUCAGUAGAUGCAGAAAAAGCAAGAAGAACAAAGUUGGAGGUAUCAUACCCCCGGAUUUCAUAAUAUAUUACAAGCUACAGUAAUCAGAACAGUUUGGUAUUGGCAUAAAAACAGACAUAUAGGCCACGGGAAGAGAAUAGAGAGCCCAGAAAUAAGUCCACACAUUUAUGGUCAACUAGUCUUCAACAAGGGUGCCAAGUAUGCACAAUGGGGAAAGGAAGGUCUCUUCAAUAAAUGGUGUUGAAAAAAAAAACAAUAUCCACAUGCAGAAGAAUGGAAUUGGACAUCUCACACCAUAUACAAAAAUCAACUCAAUGGAUUAAAGUCUUUAAGGCCUGAAACUAUAAAAAAAAAAAAAGAUAACCUAGGUAAAAUGCUUUUUGCCAUUGAUCUUGGCUAUAAAACACCAAAAACAAUGGCAACAAAAGCAAAAAUAGGUAAGUGGGAUUGCAUCUAACUAAAAUGCUGCAGAGCAAAGGAUACAACAGAGUGAAAAAGCAGCCUGUAGAGUAGGAGAAAGUAUUUGCAAACCAUGUAUCUGAUAAGGGUUCAGUGAGGAACUUAUAUAACUUCGUGGGAAACAAAAACAAAAUAUUGUUUUUAAGAUGGGCAAAGGACCUGAAUAGAUAUGUCUCAGAAGACAUACGAACAUAUAAAUGGCCCAAAGGUACAUGAAAAGAUGCUCAACAUCCCUGAUCAGCAGGAAGUGCAAAUCAAAACCACACUGAGAUUAGAAUGGCUGUUACCAAAAAGACAAGAGAUAACAAAUGUUGGUGAAGAUGUGGAGAAAAGGGAAUCCUUGUAUACUGUUGGUGGGAGUGUAAAUUGGUAUAGCCAUUAUGGAAAACGAUAUGGAUGUUCCUUUAAAAAUUAAAAAAUAGGGGCACCUGGGUGGCUCAGUCGUUAAGCUUCUGCCUUCGGCUCAGGUCAUGAUCCCAGGGUUCUGGGAUCGAGCCCUGCAUCGGGCUCCCUGCUCAGUGGGGAGCCUGCUUCUCCCUCUCCCCCUGCUUGUGUUUCCCUCUCUGUGUGUCUCUCUCUCUGUCAAAUAAAUAAAAUCUUUUUUUAAAAAAUUAAAAAAUAGAUCUACCAUAUAGAUUCAGCAACUCAUCUUCUGGGUAUAUAUCCAAAGGAAAUGAAAUCAGUAUCACAAAGAUAUCAGCAAUUCCAUGUUCAUUGCAGCAUUAUUCACAAUUGCCAUGAUAUGGAAACAUAAGUGUCAACAGAUAAAUGGUUAAAGAAAAUGUCACACACACACUAGAAUAUUAUUCAGCCUUAAAAUAAAAAGAGGAAAUCCUGCCAUUUGCAACAACAUAGAUGAACCUGGAGGACGUUAUGUCAAGUGAAAUAAGCCAGACACAGAAAGAUAAAUACAGCAUGAUCUCUUAUAUGUGAAAUCUAAAACUCAUAGAAGCAGAGAAUAGAACGAUGGUUGCCUGAGGGUAGCAUAGUGGGGAGGUGGGGGAAAUGGGGAAAUGUUGGUACAGUUUCAGUUAUUUAAGAUGAAUGAGUUCUAAAGUUCUAAUGUAUAGCAUGGUGACUACAGUCAAUAAUACUGUAUUGUAUACUUGAAAUUUGCUAAUAUAGUAAAUCUUAGAUGUUCUCACCACACACACACACACACACAAAUGGCAACUAGAUAGGGGGAAUAAUAUGCUAAUUAGUUUGAUUGUGGUGAUAAUUUAACAGUGUGUACCUACAUCAAAACAUCAAAUUAUACACUUUGAAUAUAUACAGUUUUUGUGUGAUGAUUAUACCUCAGUAAAGCUAAAAAAAAAAAAGUCCUUUUAUGAUAAAAAACAUUCAACAAACAAGGAAUAUAAGAAAACUUCCUCAAUCUGAUAAAAGACGUCUAUGAAAAAUCCACAGCUAUCAUCAUACAGUAAAUAUAUGCAGAAAAGACUGAAAGUUUUGCCCUUAAGAUCAGAAAAAAGACAAGGAUGUUUACUUGCUCUCAAAACUUCUAUUCAACAUUGUAGUGGAGGUUUUAGCUGGAGCAAUUAGUGAAGAAAAAUAAAGAUAUUCAUAUUGGGGGGAAAAGGAAGCAAAAUGAUCUCUCUUUGCAGACGGCAUGAUCUUAUACAUUUGGAAAACCUUAAACCCUUGACAUGCAUGCCAAGACCAUUCAAUGGGGGAAAGAAUAGUCUUUUCAACAAAUGGUAGUGGGACAAUUAGGUAUCUUCAUGCAAAAGAAUGAAUUUAGACCACCGCCUCACACCAUAUACAAAAAUUAACUCAAAAUGGAUCAACAACCGAAAUGUUUUCAGAGCUAAACCAAAAAAAUCUUAGAAAAAACACAGGUAUAAAUCUUGGUGACACUGGAUUAGGCAACAGUUUCUUAGACAUAACAAAACAUAAGCAACAAGAGAAAAAACAUAAAUUGGACUUCAAUGAAUUAAAAGCUUUUGAAUCAAAGGACACUAUCAAGAAAGUGAAAAGACAACCUACAGAGUGGGAGAAAAUGGUUGCAAAUCAUGUAUCUCAUAAGGAUCUAGUAUCCAAAAUAUAUAAAGUUCUCUUACACUUCAAUAAUAACCCAAUUUAGAAACAGGCAAAAAAUUUGAGUAGAUAUUUCUCCAAAGAUUUUUAAAUGGCCAAUAAGCACAUUAAAACAUGCUCAACAUCAUCAGUCAUUAGGGAAAUGCAAACCAAAACCACAGUGAGAUACCACUUCACACCCACUAAGAUGGCUGUAAUAAAAGACCAUAAAAUGUGUUGGUAAGGAUGUGGAGAAGUCGGAACCUUUAUAUAUCACUGGUGGGAUUGUAAAAUGGUAUGGCCACUUUGGAAAACAGUUUGGCAGUUGCUCAAAAAUGAAGAAUUGAAAACAUGUUCACACAAAAAUUUGCACAUUAAUUUUUAUAGUAGCACUAUUCAUAAUAGCCAAAACGUAGAAGCAACCCAAAUAUCCACCAACUGAUGAAUGGAUAAACAAAAUGUGGUAUAUCUGUACAAUAAAAUAAUACCCAUAAGAACAAAGGAAAUACUAACACAUGCUUAAACGUGGAUAGAUCUUGAAAAUAUGAUGCUAAUGAAAGAAGCCAGACAUAAAAGGCCAAAUAUUGCAUGAUUCCCUGUAUGAAGUCUGCAGAAUAGGCAAAUCUGCAGAAUAGCCAAAUCCAUAGAGACAGAAAGUAGAUUGGUGGCUGCCAGGGAAUUGAGGGGAGGGGCUGUGCAGAAGGAAGAACGGGAAAUGGGAGUGACUGCUAAUAGAUAUGGAGGUUCUUUUAGAUGUGACAGAAAUGUUCUCGAAUUACUGUGAGUAUACUAAAAUCCACUGAAUUGUAAACUUUAAAAUGGUGAAUUUUAUGUAUGUGAACUAUAUUUCCAUAAAUAAAUUACAAAAUAAGAGAUGAAAAGGGAGUCACUAAAUCCAGCCGCAUUCAAGGAGAUGGGAAUAAGACUCCACCUUUUGAUGGGAGGGAGUGUCAAAGAAUUUGUUCAGCAAAUGUUUCCAAACCACACAUACUAUACAUUCAUCAAAAUGGCUAAAAUUAAAGACUGGCAAUAAAUGUUGGCCAAGAGCAACCGAAACUCUCACUGUUGGUGAGAAUGUAAAAUGAUACAAACACUUUGGAAAACAUUUUGGUAGUUUCUUAUAAAAUUAAAUAUAUGCUGGGCGCCUGGGUGGCUCAGUUGGUUAAGAAAGUGCCUUCGGCUCAGGUCAUGAUCCUGGAGUCCCAGGAUCAAGUCCCGCAUCGGGCUCCCUGCUCAGCAGGGAGUCUGCUUCUCCCUCUGACCCUCCCCCUUCUAAUGCUCUCAUUCUCUCCCUCUCAAAUAAAUAAAUAAAAUCUUUUUUAAAAAUUAAGUAUAUCCUUACUUAACGUGACAAUCACAUCCCUGGGUAUUUCAAGAGAAAAACCUAUAUCCACACAAAGGCUUGUACAUAAGUAUGUAUAGCAGCUUUAUGCAUUAUAAACCAAAGCUGGAAAUAACAGUAUUGAAUAAACUGGGGUUUAUCCAAACAAUGGAAUAAUGCUCAGCGAUAAAAAAGAGUGAACUACUGAUACAUGCAUAAACACAAGUAAACUUCAAAAACAAGCUGAGUGAAAGAAGCCAGACACAAAAAAGAAAAUAAGGUAUUGUUCCAGUUUAUAUGAAACUAUAGAAAAUACAAAUCUAACAUAUAGUGACUGAAGGCAGGUUGGUGGUUGCUUGGGUUGGAGGUGGGACACUUUGACUUCAAAGGGACACAAGGAAACUUUUUUUGGGUGAUAAAAUUCCUGUAUCUUGAUUGUGGUAGUGGUUACACAAAAUGGUCAAAAUAUAUAGAAAUGCACACUUAAAUGGAUAUAUUUCAUUCUAUAUAAAUUACCUCUUAAAAAAGUUAGGCAAAAAAUUCAUCCAGAAUUUAACCCUCUCUUAAUUGUUUCUAUCCUGAUCAAAAUCACCAUCAUUUUUCACCUGGUUUAUCACAACAGGCUUCUAACUUUUCUCUACUCUUGACCUCUUUCAGCCUAUUUGCAACAUAGCAUUCAUGUGAUGCUAUUAAAACACAAGUCAUAUGACACCAUUUUUUCUGUUUAAAAUCCUCCAGUGACUUCCAAUCUUACUUUAAGCAAAUGUCAAGGGAAACUAAUUUACAAUAACUCUUUAUGUGAUCUGCCUCUAUCCUCCAUCCCCAACAUCUGUCUGCCUCCUUUUCCACUCCAGCAUUCUGGCCACUUUGUGGCUUUUUGAACACCCCACGCACGUUCCUAUCUCACACCUGUACAUUGCUGUUCCUUUUGCUUUGGAUGCUUUCCCCCAGGAUUCCUACAUGGCUCUCUUUCUCACUUCCUUCAAGUCUUUACUCAAAUGUUACCUUUUCUGCAAGGCCUUCUUUGACCACCUUAUUUAAAAUUCCAAGCCCUUGUCCGGGUUUAAAAACAUUUUGGCAAUUUGGUGAUUUGCGGAGAUACUUUACAAAGUAAAUAGUAAAUGAUGUGAAAAUAAUUGAUUUUUUUUUUUCCUUUGUGAAGGAAAUGUUCGUUAGGUCUGCUCAGCAACUGUAUGGGGCUCAAAUUCGUGCUAACUCAAUUUGUUGACCUGUAAAUGCAGGGAUGCCUCUAACACACCCUUAACGAACCUCAGACAAUUUUACCAGCUUGAAAAGCUCCAAGGUAAGAACAGGUAUUUAACAGUGAAGUGGGAAUCUUGUUGAAAGUUGCCAAAGCUAUGAACAGCAUGGCCUAAUUGUGAGAGACCAAGGACUCCUGUGCCAAAUAAGUUGGGCUGUUACUUCUAAACAGAAAGGGCAUAAAUUGACUAGGGCCUGCUUUUUGUAAACAAAGAGGUUUCCAACAUAUGCAUAACUAAAAAGAACUGUUUGUGACAGAGUCCUCUGCUUCCUGUCCCUCUGCCCCUCAUCCCCCUAAGUUUUGGUCAUCAGCCCAGGUUUUUUUUUUUUUUAUUUUUAAAAAAUUUUUAUUAUAAAGUGUUUUUUUUUUAAUUUUUAAGUAAUCUCUACACCCAACAUGGGGCUUGAACCCACAACCCCGAGAUCAAGAGUGGCACGCUCCACUGACUGAGCCAGCCAGGUGUCCCAUUAGCCCAUGCUUUUAAAAAACAAAACAAAAAACAAACCUUCAGGGACUGAGUGGGUCUCAGAAAAACCUGUAUAUUGGAAAUUUUAGAGAAAUCCUUUGCCUUUUAUUGUGACAAAUAGAGAAAGUGUGAAGGCCAGACUUUCCAUGGAGACUGAGAAUAAGGUUAGGCUUAAGGCCAGCUGAGAAAAAAUUUAUGCUGUUAAGGGCAUAUUUAAUAUGAGUGAUUUCUGAAGUGUUUGUCAUUUCUGUUUUCUCCCCCUGAAUUGUAUAAAGUGCUGACUGGUGUUCUCAAGGAUAGAAAUUAUUCUCAGAAGACCAUAUCUCCUUCUUAGGGGAAGAAGGGCCCAGCAUUGCUAUGGCAGGAGUUCUUGAUUUGGAGUGAGGUAUUAAGUGGAGGUGGUGGGGCCUUCACAUAAAGUGACCUGAAAAGGGGAGAGAGGAGGGCACGAGGAGAAGAAGAAGGGGAGGGCAAAGAUUCUCGGGCCAGGGAAGAAAAUGACUUGCUCAGCGUUAUGUGUGUAUGUGCCAGGAUUAAAAUAUAUACGUAUGUAUAUUAAAUUCAAAGUGUUUUCUCUCCUUACCAACUUGAUUUUGCUUGUUACUACUGGACCUUUCACCACUGCUGGGCCUGGAGGUGAAAUGAUAGGAACUAAAGGAGGCUGGAUCACUCCACCUGGGAAAAAACACAGAGCCCCCAAACAGGCCCUGGAGAUUUUAUUUAUUUAUCUGACAGAGAGAGAGACAGCAAGAGAGAGAACACAACCAGGGAGAGUGGGAGAGGGAGAAGCAGGCUUCCCUCAGAGCAGAGAGCCCGAUGUGGGGCUUGAUCCCAGGACUCUGAGAUCAUGACCUGAGCUGAAGGCAGACUUAACAACUGAGCCACCCAGGUGCCCUUCUAAUUUCAUCUUUUGUGGUCAGAAAACAUACUUUGUAUGAUUUCAGUCUAUUCAAAUUUAUUGAGACAUAUUUUAUUGCCUGGCAUAUGGUCUAUCUUGGUGAACAUUUUAUGUAUCCUUGAAAAUAACGUGUAUUCUGCAGUUGUUUGGCAUAGCAUUCUAUAAAUGUCAAUUAUGUCAAGGUGGUUGAUUGUGUUGUUCAGUUCUUCUAUAUUCUUAGUGAUCUGGGGGCGUCUAGUUGUUGGGGGGCAUUAUAAUCUUUAAUUAUAAUUCUGAAUUAUCUAUUUCCUUAUUUCUGUCAGCUUUUACUUAAUGUAUUUUGAAGCUGAUUUAGAUACAUAUACUCAUUAAUUGUAAUGUCUUUCUGAUUAAUUGGCUGUUUUAUUAUUAUAAGUUAUUAUUCAUUAUCUCUGGUAAGACUCCUUGUCUUGAAGUCUAUUUUGGUCUGAUAUUAAUGUAGUAAUCCCAGUUUUCAUAUGCUUACUGUUUUCAUGGUAUAUUCAUUUUCAUCUUUUAAUUACAACCUAUUAGCCCCUUUAUAUUUGAAUUGUGUCAUCUUAUGGGAUGUUCUAGUUAUCUAUUGCUACUCCAAAUCUUAGAGGCUUAAAAUAACAACCAUUUCAUCUCAAGAUUCUUUGGGUCAAGAGUUUCGGCAGGGAUUGGUUGAGCAGUUCUGCUCCUUUGUCUUAGAUUAUUGACUUGGCUGCAUCCACUUGAACAGACCCGGAAGGUCCAAGAAGGUCUCAUUCACUUGCUUGUCUGGUGCCUUCUUUAAGCUUAGGCUUCCUUUAGUAUGGUGUCCUCAGAGUAUUUGAACUUCUUACAUGAUGGCUAGAUUCUAAGAUGGAAUGUCAUCAAAAUAGUUUUUCUAAGUUUAUGUAUCCUGUUCUCUUCCUUGUUAUGAGAAACUUACGUUUUUUCCAGCUAAUUUAUUUUCAGGCUUGGUAUCCUUUAGGGGAAGCUGUGCCCUUCUCUAUUCCCAGAGGAUGGAUAAAGACUAGUUAAUAAUCCAGUCAUGAUAAGUCUAUUCCUCUUGCCCCACUAGGCCUGUGACACUACUCUGGAAGAGGCUUGAGGUAAAGUCAGACUUUUGGGAAGGUGUUCAUCAGGCCUUAAAAAGGAUACAAUAGAGGAAUGUUUCCUUUUACUGAUGCUGAACAUUAUCUGUAUGUGACACAUGGAACUACGUGGCCAUAUUGCCACCAUGAAGGAAAGACAUAAAAGGAGAAGCCAACAUGCUGACAUGGCUGAAGAGAAAUAUAGAAAAAAAAACCUGGGUCCUUGAUGAUAUUACUGAGAUAUUAAAUCAGUCAACCCGGGAACCACAAGAUUCCCCUCCCCUGCCAUUUUAUUGAGAUAUAACUGACAUAUAACAUUAUAUUAGUUUAAGAUAUACAAUAUAAUGAUUUAUUAUGUUGUUAUAUUGCAAAAUUAUUGCCACAAUAUGUUAGGUUAACAUCUAUCACAUGGUUUCAAAACAUUCCUUUCUUGUGAUGAGAACUUUUAAAUUUAUUCUCUGAGCAACACUCAAAUACACAAUUAAGUAUUGUUAGCUAGAUAUUACAUCCCCAGAGUUUAUACCUUUUGACUACCUUCACCUAUUUUCCCCACUUCUGACCCCCCACCUCUGGCAACCACCAAUCUGCUCUCUGUUUCUAUGAGUUUGGUUUUUUAGUUUCAUAUACAAGUGAGAUCAUAUAAUGUUUGUCUUUCUCUGUCUGACUUAUUUUACGUAGUAUAAUGCCCUCAAGUUUCAUCCAUGUUGUCACAAAUGGAGGGACCAUGAGAUUUUUGCCCUUCUGUUUUGUGGAAUGACUUUUAUUUGCAACCUAAAGCAUUCUGAAAGAUAAGAGGCAGAGGUUAAAAUAGAGGUGAUAGUGGACCCAGAGUUAUUAAUCCUUUAUUAUUCUUAAUGUUACGAUUGAUUAUUGGAGGGAAGAUGCUUAAUACAUUUAAAUCUACAGUACAAGUUAUAAAGCACAGCAAAGCACGUAGUAUGGAUUUAAAUAUGUACUUUAUAAAUCAAAUUAAAAAACAAAGAAACAAAAUUAUUUUCUCCUCCAAAUGGCAUCAUUUCUGUGGAGCUGCUGCUUGCAACAGACCUGACAUUGCAUAGAGCUGGAGGUAAGAAUCAUGUUGUCAGAAAAGAUUAUCUUGAAGUUAAAAUUAUGAUGACUAAGAUCAUAUUUUUUGGCAUUUCAAUCAAAUCACAGAUUUGGGUUUAAAAAUCCAUAACUUGUUUGUAAAGAUAGAAAAUAGAAGAGAGGGGCGCCUGGGUGGCUCAGUUGGUUAAGCGACUGCCUUCGGCUCAGGUCAUGAUCCUGGAGUCCCUGGAUCGAGUCCCGCAUCGGGCUUCCUGCUCGGCAGGGAGCCUGCUUCUCCCUCUGACCCUCCCCCCUCUCACAUGCUCUCUCUCUCUCUCAUUCUGUCUCAAAUAAAUAAAUAAAAUCUUUAAAAAAAAAAAAAAAGGAAAAGAAAAAGAAAAUAGAAGAGAAACUAACAGAAGCCCCAAAUGACUUGAUCUUAGUCCAGUGUGGUCCACUUAUAUCACAAUUAGUGCUGUGUGUCUUUUUUUUUUUUUUAAGAUUUUAUUUAUUUGAGAGAGAGUGAGAGAGCAUGAGCGGUGGGGGGAGGGGCGCCAGAGGAAGAGGGAGAAGCAGACUUCGCGCUGAGCAGGGAGCCUGAUGCGAUGCUAUGGGGAGCUGCCCCAGGACCCUGGGAUCAUGACCUGAGCAGAAGGCAGACACUCAACUGACUGAGGCACCCAGGUGCCCCAGUGCUAUGUGUCUUAGUCACAAACACUUCUAUUUAUUGACAGUCAUAAUCCUGUAAUUGUUUUAAUUUUAGUAAGGUAUAUGAAUAAGUUAUUUGAUUCACUUAUCCCUUUGGCUUUCACAGAAGUGUAAUUUUUAAGCUACUGGGACCAAUGAAUGAUUUUGCCCACUUUUAUUUUGCCUUGUCAAGUGAGGAUAUGAAUUAAAAGCAUCUUUCACCUACAAUCAUAAUUAUUUGUGAAAAGAAACAGUGUUCAACACCACAUAAAGAUAUAAUUUUAGAAUUUCUAAAAGAUUUAGUUUUGAUAUAUAAAAUUGCACUUAUUUAGUUUUGUUCAUAUAUUUACCAGAGACACGUGAAACUUCUUCACAGACUGGCACGAACCUGCAGACAGGCACAUGGACAGGCACCACUGAUUUCUCCUAAAUCUAUUAUAGCCUGGAAAAUGCUGACCUUCAUCCUUCUAUACUAAAAAGUAGCUUUUUGCCUCUUUUUUCAGUGGCUAUUGUGUCUGUGACAUGUAAGACCUUGUGACAGCCACUCUGAAGAACCCCAAAACAUGUAAGACCUAGCCUCUGACCUUUAGGGGCUGAUACCUUGGCUGGGCCAUAAGAACAUGUCACAGAAUUAGACAAAUCCUGUGUUCUCUGCACCAAGUGUUUUAUAUUUAGUGAAGUCCAAAUGCCAGUGGAUUUUUUUUUUUUUUUUUUUUUUUGUCUAGCUUAAUUUCUUUCAGGUCUUAACCUCAUGUAUCUUUACUAAUGGGCAGCCAAACAGUUAGCAAUGUUGAUUUUGAUAGCUCUAGGAAACCAGAAAAGUAGUGUUAUAAGGGAUGAAGCUAAUCAAAGGCCAUAAAGGGACCAUUACAGGAGAGUGUGAAGAUUGCAGCAUCCUGUGACUAGGAGCCCAGCCACACUUGGACUUGUCACCUCUGGGGUCUGUUCUUUCCAGCUCCUCACUGAAGCUUCUCUCUCUCUCUCUCUCAUUCUCUCUCUCUCUCUCUCGCCUCUAUGAGUAAAUGGGUGAGGAAGCACCCCGGUUACUUCUGUACUCUAUGAUUUCAUCUAGCCCUCAGAACUGUCUUCUAAGAAUGUCUGAAUUUCAUCAGGACAAUAAGAUGAUUAUGUUCUCACCACAAGUGAAUUGUGAACUAAAUGUAUCGAGUUGGCAGCCACGAUCAAUAACCUUCCUUCUUUCUUCUUCUUCUUCUUUCUUCUUUCUUCUUUCUUCUUCCUCUUCUUCCUCUUCUUCCUCUUCUUCUUCUUCUUUUAAAGAAAGUUCCCUUCAGCAGAGGACAUUACCAGACAUUCUAUCCAUAACUCAGCACAGAGUCCUCUGGACUGUCUA